UAUUUCUUUUUUUCUUAUUUCUUUCUUUAGCUCUCUUUAAAAAACAAGAUCACAAUUUCUGAAUCUUGAGAGAAAAAGAAAUGCAGUCAACAACUCUUAGUGGCAACUAUGGCUUCCCUCUUUGCAUCUCUGGGAUCGCUCAGCAGCUGUCUCUCUCCAAAGAAAUGGCAGAUCAUGACAAGAGAAGGAAGGUGGUGAAGAGGAGAAGGAGAUCAUAUGAGUCCAGGAGCCAUGGUGAAGAAGAAAUGGGUGUGGAGAGAUAUAAUGAGCUAUGGCUUCAAGAGAUGAGAGAGAGUGAGGAUGUUAGAGAUCUAGUUGCUUUAUUACAAGAUCUAGAGUCAUGGAGCUUUUCUUCUCACACGGCUAAAGCUGCUUAGUGUUGAGAUCUCAUCAAGUCAUGUAUGUUUCUUGUAAAACUGCAGAUCAAGAAUCUUUAGCUGGAAAAAAUCUAUAAAAUAUUCCCAAUGUUUUCACAGUCGUUUUUUACACGUUUAUUUG